AGGCGCGGCGCUCUCCGUUAGGACAGCUACGCAAAGCAAAGAAAGCUCCGUCAAAUAAUAAUAAUAAUAAUAAAAACGCCUUGUAAAGCCUCCGCCCGUUCCCGCCACCGAAGAAAGAAAACCGGGGGCGGGGGGAACGGACUCGCGCAACGAUAUCGGCGCAAAAGGCGAGGCGCUGGGAUUUUAUUCCCAUAUUUCAGGCUCCCAGCACGAGGAGCCAUCCCUGGGCGGAGAAGUCGGCACCGCCUCCUUCCUCUUUCUUCGGGCGAACAUGGCUGCAGCCGCCGUCUGCUCGGCCGUGAAGAUUGGAAUUAUCGGAGGGACAGGUCUGGAUGAUCCUGAGAUAUUAGAAGGUCGAACAGAGAAAUACAUUGAUACACCAUACGGAAAGCCAUCAGAUGCACUGAUUUCAGGAAAGAUAAAAAAUGUUGACUGUGUGCUUCUAUCCAGGCAUGGGAGGCAUCAUUCUAUCAUGCCAACAAAUAUCAAUUUCCGUGCCAAUAUGUGGGCACUAAAAGAAGAAGGUUGCACUCAUCUAUUAGUGACUACUGCCUGUGGUUCAUUACGAGAAGAGAUUCAGCCUGGAGAUCUUGUUAUAAUUGACCAGUUCAUAGAUCGGACAACAAAAAGGCAUCUCACUUUCUAUGACGGGACUAAUUCCUGCCUCCCAGGAGUGUGCCAUGUUUCUAUGGCGGAACCUUUCUGUGCCAAAACAAGAGAAGUUCUCCUAGAUGUAGCCAAAAAGCUUGGAAUCAAGUGUCACUCAAAGGGGACAGUAAUUACAGUCGAGGGACCACGUUUUAGUUCUCGGGCUGAAAGCUUGAUGUUUCGCAGCUGGGGAGCUGAUGUUAUCAAUAUGACGACAGUCCCAGAAGUCAUUCUGGCAAAGGAGGCGGGAAUCUGCUAUGCGAGUAUCGCCAUGGCAACAGAUUACGACUGCUGGAAAGAACAUGAGGAAACGGUCUCAGUGGACAGAGUUCUAAAGACAUUGAAGGAGAACGCAAAUAAAGCAACUAGUUUGCUACUCACUGCCAUACCUCAGGUUGGAUCCAUGGAAUGGUCAGAAACCCAUCAGAACCUGAAAAAUACUGUGCAGUUAUCCGUUAUGCUACCAAAACAUUGAAAACCUAUCAAGCUACAGUACUUGAAGAUCAGAAGAUAGACGUCUUUACUUGUAAAGAAUGCCUUUAAUGGAUGCAACAUUUUUCAUUCCCAUCUGCUAAUAUGCUUCUUUUGGAAUAAGAUCUUGCAAAGGCUGAAGAACAGAACAUUCACAGCAGAUUUGAAAAGUAAUUAAUUCUUAAAACUGACAUUUCAGACUGUGAACACAAUAGCUGAUACUUAAUAAUCAUGUUCCACUGAUGUGAAAGAGGUUAAAAAAAAAAGAGGGUUAUUAGCUCUAGUUCAAAUAUUCAAUCAUAACUCAAUUCAAAAAUGGCAAAUCCAUAACAAGGUAUGUUUAUAUGCCCUUGCUCACCUCCCAAAUGACCACCCCCCAGAGUGGUUAUAGUGGUGGAUUGCCAUUCAGUAGCAUUUUUAUAAUGCAAAGAAAUGGUUUUGAAUGAGGAUUAAAUGCAUUUUUAUUAUGCUUUUUAAUAGAAAAUUACUGACUUUUAAAAAAUAAGAGCAAUUACAGGUUGCACUUUUUUGUUGUUAAAAGAUUUCCUGGCUAAGAUUUUCCAAAGUGACAUGAUAACGGUUUUUAUGUAUUUAGCCUAUUGUUAAGAAAAUAUUUGAUUUUAUUAUGAAUGUCAAAUCCGUUUUCUUUUGUGUUUUCAAUUCAAUAUGCUGGAAUUCAUGAAUUGCUGGAUUUAUUUUCUUUUUAUACGUUUUUUUUUUUUAAAGAGUUGUGUGGCGGAUGGGUAGACUUGGUUGAUUUAUUAUUUUUCAAAUUGAAUGGCUUUGAGGGGGGUUUUGGGACAGCAGAAAAAGCAGGAUGCGUGGUUUUUGUGUGGUAAAGAAUAAAGACAUUUUGAGACCACAAAGGACUCAAUCAUGUAUCCCCUCAGUUGCUAAUAGUGAGUGUUGAGCAACUCCAUUUCCGUUAGAUGUUUUCUGGUGCCCUUAUGGCUGUGGUAGUUCCUCCAAACCAAGGCCACAAUGUCACUUCAGAAAAAAAUCCUCUCAGUUUUACAACCACUUUUUAUUGAAAACUCCAAUGCACCAUUUACUUCUAGCAAAAGCAGCAGAGUAAUGGAGUCUAGGUUGGUGAUGUUUCUGAGUGUUUGAAGGCAUCACAAACCUGUUUGAACGGGCUGUGUUUGAACGACUAUAUAGUACGGCCUCGGAAACAAUUCUCUGUACCAAGUCACUCGGGACUUGUUUUUUCCUAAAUAUUGUGAAGAGUGAAGAACAACUACGAUGUCUCUGAACAAUAUAUUCACAUUGUUUGGAAUGCUGCUGCUGAAUGUUUACAAUACACACUGUACUGUUGAAUCCUUGCAAAUUAUGCCUUAGUUACGUAUGUUAAAUACCCCCUUUUCUGUUCAAAAAAAUGAUGCAAUGCUGCUUUUCUCAAAUAAAACUCAAUGUAACCUC